UAUGAUUUUUCUAAAAUGGCCGAUCAGUAGCUUCGCUUACGUGUUUAAGUGGGCCGUUUUGAGUUGUUUUAUUUUUGUAAUCAUGUCGUUUUCCGAUUUAUAUGCUAAGUAUAAUUGUACAUAUUGUCAAGAAGAAAUAAAUGGAAUUCGCGUGAGAUGUGCUGAAUGUAUAGAUUUCGACAUUUGUUUGCAGUGCUUUUCUCUUGGAGCUGAAAUCGGGUCACACAAAAAUGAUCACUCCUAUCAAUUUAUGGACUCUGGAGCUUUUGGAAUAUUUUUGGGGCGCAGUAGUUGGUCAGCCAAUGAAGAAGUCAGGCUCCUCGAUGCAAUGGAACAAUUUGGAUUUGGCAACUGGGAAGAUAUAGCAAAACACAUUGAAACUCGGACACCAGAAGAGGCCAAAGAUGAAUAUAUUACUAGGUAUUUAGAAGGCAGUAUAGGACGAGCUACAUGGUGCAAUGUGGAGAGUACUUCUCGGCCAUUGCUGCACUGUGCAGACAGAGAUGAGGGUCCUCUUGGUCCCAGUGCAGUGUCCCGCUUGCCUCAUCUUGCUAUUACAGGAGACGAAGCUUCACAGCUAGGUUACAUGCCAAACAGAGAUGAUUUUGAAAGGGAACAUGACCAUGAAGCAGAACAAUUGAUCUCAACCUUGUCUCUGAACCCUGAAGAUGAUGAGUUAGAUGUUGCAUUAAAGUUGUCACAAGUUGAUAUUUACACACGCCGCCUUAGAGAAAGAACGAGAAGAAAAAGACUGGUCCGGGACUAUCAGCUUGUAUCUGUGUUUUUCAAUAAUCAGAGAAACAAACAGAAACCAUUAGGAAAACUUGCCAAAGAAAAGAAGGAAUUCAUGGACCGCCUCCGCUGGACGGCUCAGUUCUACGGUCGCGCCGAGCAGUCCGGCGUCGUGGCCGGGCUGUGGCGGGAGCGGGAGCUGCGCGUGCGCUUAGCGGAGCUGCAUCGUUACCGGCUGGCGGGCGUCACGCGGCUGGAGGAGUGCGCGCACUACGAGCAGCACGCCGCGCAGAGGAAGCACCCGCACCACUCGCACAUCGACGUGAGACCUCGCUUCCUGGGCAGCAGUGGGUGCCUGGACACCAACCAGAUAAAAGACCAAACUCAGAACAGCACGCCGCAGCAAAGAAAAAGAGACGGAGAAAGCGGCUCAAGUUCCACCAGCCCAAGGUGCACACGGGACGGAAGUACCGCAUGUGGAUGCUCCAAAAAGAGCUCAUGCAGCAGCGGCGCAUGCUCGAAGCAGCUUCUGACAAAUAAUGAAAUACAGCUUUGCUCGACGCUGAGCCUGCCGCCCGCGCAAUACGUGACGAUGAAGGGCGUGCUGCUCCGCCGGCCGCCAGCGCCCGACUGCGACGUGGACCUCGCCAUCAGGCACUACCUGCACUCGGCCGGCUGGAUACGUAACUAGCGAUCACAAUCUUUAACUAAAACCGCGUACACACUGAGACAGCUAACUUCACGCACAUUCGCUGAUUCGCGAAUGAAGGUGUUGGCGUUUGCGUUGCCGCCCAAACAGGACCAAACUAUUUUUUCACCUUCGUUGUCCCGGUGGGUACGCAGCUUAAAACUCUAUGGUUCAACCCGCUCUUUCCAAAUCUUAUCAUGCCCGUAUUUGAUAUUCCUAUUUUAACGCCUAGAAAAAUAAUUCUCCCUUGCUCUUUCCCAAAAUCUAAUCUGGAAACAUAAAGAGGUCUAGUCGUGUAAGUGUUUUCAAAUAUGUGAUGUGUGCAAUCUAGGCACUAAUUGAUAUAAAUUUAAGGCUUUGCUCGUAUCAUGCAUCACAAGAUUUAACAAUUCUGAACUAAGCGCCUUUUGGCGGUCGCUGUUUAAACCGUUCUGUUUAUUAUCUACAAUAGUAAUUGAAGGAUUUGGAAGGAAUGGAAAAAUGUAACGAACCAUCCAGUUUUAGCCGUAAUUAAUCCUAAAUCCACGGUGCUAUAACCAAAGCAGCUUGUACGAUAUCAAUUUGUUUAUUUUUUUUUUGGAAUUAUAAUCACUAUCGCAAAGUAAAAUCGUGCGAGCUGGCUUUAGUUUACUUAAAUUGUUGAUAAAAAGUAGUUGCAUAGAAAUUUUAUACGAAAAGGACCUAGUCGAUAAUUGUGUUUUCUUCAUCUUUUCUUCAUUGAAUCGUGCCGGCUAAAUGUGUGCAUAAUGGCACCAUUCGACCACCAAACAUGGCGGCCUAAUUAUAAGCCGGGUUCACAGCGGGUAUUACGUAGAAUCACAUAGUUUGCUUACAGUUAAAGUGUGUCACUGUUAGCAAAAAAUGUUAUAUAGGUAUAUGUAGGUCCGGCUUAUGAGGAAUAUAGACUAGCCAACCAGUAUUAGCGAACUCUGUUACAUAGUAGAAAAUUGAUACUAAGUAUUGCUUAGAGUGCUUCUUUUCGAAGAGAAUCAAUUCGAUUUAACUCUUUUUGACGUCAAAAUUAAAAUUAAAUUUGCAUUAGGUACCAUACUAUUAAAGAUGGGUGAACAAAAAGAUUGUGAUCGUUAUUUCAGCAGAGCAUCAGAAUAGAUACUUGUAAAGCAACAUAAAGGUGUUACCUUAGUUACAUAUUCUGCAAUUCUUCUCUCAAUAGUCUCUUGCGCAUCAUAUGGCACACCAUGACACAUGACCAUGACGAUCGUAGGUGGUAUGUGCCAUAUCCACCCCAGAAUUCUGUAAAACGGGCCAGCAUGCCAAUAUACCCAGCCACUUUGUGUAUAUGCCCAUAUGUCGUGUGCAUAAAGGUUUAUCUAAAUAAACGAAACCUGUGACGUGUCGCGUCUAGAGUGAGUAAACAUAUCGGAAGCUCCGACGACGGCACUUGCGUUUCGCGUGUGCCCUGAUGAGAGCGAAACAAUUUUCUCCUUUUCAAUUAUAACAUAUUCUAUUACAUAGGUAUUUAAUUAUUAGGAGAUCCACGCUGUGUUAGCAUAUUUAAUUUACAGGAAGAUAUAGUUGGCCCAAAAUUGUUGUUAAUUCGUCCUUAUUCUUCAAAAGAUAAACAAGGGUCUACAUUAUUUAUUAUACAUAGGGUAAACCGUAUAGCUAUUGCCCACUUAAGGACUUCAAAAACUUUGGCUUCAAAAAAUAAAAAAAGUAUUACAAGUUUCAACCAUUUAUAAUUUUUUUCUUAUGUCUAAAUAAGAUCUCCAUCAAAGUGUUAACGGUUUUUAGUUAAAACUUACAUGGCUUAGAAAAUAAAUAAACAAAUUUAAAAUUAUCCAAAAAUGUACAGUUAUUGCCCAUUGCUUACACUAAUUGCCCACAUCACAGCACAGUAAUUGCCCAGUACCUUAAAAUGAUAAAUUAGACUUUGAACUUUUGUCACUUCUUCUGAUGUUCUUCAAAAAUGCCUUCCACCAACCAUCACAUGGCCUAUUUAAAAAAAAACUAAUAAGGGCGCGGAUUUUUUUCCAAAAACUUUUGCACGGAGUCUAAAAUGUCUAUUUCGAGGAAAUCCUUUUCUAGCCGAUAUUAUUAUCCAAUCCUCCAAACGACUUUCUUCAGACAGUUAAUAUAGGUGACUAGCUGUGCCCGCAACUUCGUCCACGCGGAAUAAUUAUUUUGGAAUUAUUGAAGCCCUCAAGAAUAAAUAAUUUUCCCCGUUUUUUCACAUUUUCUAUUAUUUCUUUGCUCCUUAUAGUUACAGUGUGAUAUUAUAUAGCUUAAAGUGUUCCUCGAUUAAUGGUCUAUUCAACGCAAAAAGAAUUUUUCAAUUCGAACCAGUAGUUCCUGAGAUUAGCGCGUUCAAACAAACAAACAAACUCUUCAGCUUUAUAAUAUUAGUAUAGAUUAGUAUAGAUGGUCCUGUAGCAAUAGAUUUAAAGCUUACCUAAUUGAAGUUGAAGCGCAGUCAGAGUAAGAGAAGAGGGGAAAGGAUAUAAGAUAAAAUGAAAGAUUUAAAUUACUUUUUAGGUGUAUAAACUUGACUCUUGUCAAACAGACAUUUUUAAAUUUACUUGUCCACCGAAUUUAUGGCGGGACGAAGGAGUUCCGCGUAUGAGUUUUUAUACAUACGGUUGUCCGUUUGUUACUAACAUAAAAUUUUAUUUAUUUGUAGUAUUUACAACUAUUUAAAUGUGAUCCCUACAGUCCUAAACUGGUUUUAUGUCCCAGAUUUUUAAUACAGGGUGACUUUUAAUUUAACUGCAUAAAUUUAACUAUUAAGUGUACUCAUCUAAAGGAUAUUUAAAAACGUUAAAAGAAAAAAUAUCGGUUCAUAUUUCAGAAAAUACGAAAAAAAUAAAAGUAUCAAAAUCCACGAUCCUAAAUACGUAAUAACACCCCCGCCGGCGGAAAAGCGACGCGUAAGAUUCAGAGGUCAACGACACAAUUCAUUUAGCUGAGCGAUCUCGACAACUCUGUACUUUACUCGAUCUUGAUACUAGAAAAAUAAUUAAUUUUUAAGACAUUUAUUUACAUGUUUAGUUUUAAUUUCUUUUUGUAGUAUUGGUCUUUAAUAAAGCGUGUGACGUAGUUUUUGAGGGUU